AUGCGCCUUGUCGGUGUGACCCUGGCUCUGGCCUCCUUCGUGGCAGGCGAGUCCCUUAAACGGUUGGACACCAGCUUGACCAUCUUGACCAACAAUGAUCUUCAGGGAGAAUCAAGUCCCAACGCAGACAAGGCUGUGAUUCUCACGGAUGCCCGCCCCUACCAGGAUGUAUCCGAAGUGUGUUCCAAGCUAGGUGAGCGGCUGUGGGGACCAGGACAGGGACAAUGCAAAAGAAACACCGCGGCCGUACCGUUUGCCGAGUCGUUGAAAUAUGACGGGAUUGUUGAUGCCUCGUCCAAGUUCUGGGUUUCGGGUUCCGAUUCCAAGGCCGUGGACGUAGCUGGGCGGUUCAGCAAAGCCAACCCUUCAAAGUCGCGGUUCCUCGGGCUGUGCACCAACACGGCACCGUUCUCGACGCAGAGUUCCCAAGACACGGACGACAAGUGGCAGAUCAGCCUGGACGUCAACAACCAAACUCUCACUGGGUUUACUUACCCUUCGCUGUUCCAAGGGUCCGGGGAGGCGGCUUCCGCCCUGUCAUAUGGCUCUCAGUGUAUCCAAGGGGGCACCGGUAGCGAGGACUGCUUGUUCCUCAAUGUGUGGACUCCUUACCUGCCGAAUCCCAACGCGAAACCCAAAAAGAAGACCCUCCGCCCCGUUGGCGUGUGGAUUCAUGGGGGUGCCUUCACCGGAGGGACGGCGAAUGACGCGACGUUCGAUGGCGCAAACAUCGUUUCGAGAGGAGACAUGGUCUUGGUGGCCAUCAACUACCGUCUCCUGGCGUUUGGCUUCCUAGCCUUGAAGGAUGGCAAGACGAACGGAAACUACGGGUUGGCCGACCAGAUCACCGCCCUGGACUGGAUCCGCGCACACAUCCACAACUUUGGCGGUGACAAGGACCGCAUCACCGUCUUUGGCCAGUCGGCGGGUGCUGCCUCGGUCCGCGCCCUGAUCGCCUCGCCCAAAGCCGCGGGUAAGUUCUCGGGCGCCAUCAUGCUCAGCGGCCUCGGCGGCAUCAACUACGGCACCACCUACUCGGAGUACUACACCAUUGACGAGCAGGUCACCGUGGCCGCCACGCCGAUCCUCACCGCCACCAACUGCACCGACGCGCCCUCCCAAGCCGACUGCCUGCGCGCGGUGCCCGCAUCCACCCUCAGCAAACUUAGCUCCGCCCGCUACCUCGUCGUAGACGGCACCUACCUCACCACCGCCACCCUCCCGCUCACCGGCCCGCGCCUCCCGCUCAACCUCAUGAUGGGCAUCACGCACGACGACGGCGCCCCCUUCAUCUCGUUCCCCCCGACCACCACGCCCCCCAUCAACCAAUCCACCUACCUCGCCUCGCAGGGCUUCGCCGUCCCGCCCGCCUCCCUCUUCCCCGUCCCCGCCACCACCGGCAACGCCACCCUCGACCUGUACACGGCCUCGGCGCGCCUCGCCACCGACGGCAUCUUCCGCUGCGCCGCGCAAGCCACCGCCGCCGGCCUGCUAUCCCCUCACGGCGGCCGCCUCGACAGCAUCUACUACUACGAGUUCGACCGCUCGUACCAGACCAAGGGGUGGCCCGGCACGGACGUGUGCGAGCCGCGCCCCGCGCCGGGCCAUCCCUACGGGGAUCCGUCCUCUGGCGCGGCGCCGUAUCUGAAGUGCCAUUCGGGGGAGCUGUAUUAUGUGUUUGGGAAUUUGUGGCGGCAGGGCCUGCCGCUGAGGGAUGAGGAGGGGGAUUUGGGGUUCUCGAGGGUCGUGUUGGAUGGGUUCGCGGCGUUUGUGAGGAGGGGGGAUCCAAAUUUGGAAAGGGGGUGGAUGAGGGCGAGGGGGUUUGAUCAGGUUGGGGGGGAGGGGGUGGGGAGGUGGGAGCCGAGCAGGAAGGGGAAGCCGACCAUGAGGGUGCUGGACUGGCCUAAGCCGAAGCAGAGCGGGUUUAGGGAGCUUGAGCAGUGCGAGGGCUUGGGGCUGGGGCUGGAUUAUUUUGUGGAAGAAAUAGGGGAGUUGGCUUGA